AUGGCCACCGCUGAGAGCCAAUACCUUGACCGCCUCAUCUCGCGAGAGAUCGAGAAAUUCCGGAAGAGCGCUCCCAUGACAGCCAACAAGAGCACCACAGAGGUUGCGCAGCACGGCUGUCCUCCCCUGCCUGCCACAGGGCAUGAUCCGCCUCCAGCCCAGGCAACCGACAUCGAGAGUGCAACUCGCGGCGAAGAAAACAAACGACGACUCGCAGCGUUCAAGCCCAAGGAUAUCAACGCCCUCAUCGACGCAGACGAGGCUGCCAACGGCUUCCGAGGCACAUCCGUCCGCCUGUUCCACCUCCGCAACAACACCACCCAUGAGAGGUUUAAAUACUUGGCACGCCGCAUGCGCAUCUACCGGCUCGCGCACAAGAUAGGCGUCGCCCCCGGAGGUGCUCGCUGGGUCCGCGGCGGCCAGCCGUACAUGCAGCCAGCUGUUCCUCUCUCUGUCACACGUGCGGACGGCACGGUCGAGUACAACCAAUUCAUGUUCGACGAUGGCGACGGCCGCGUGGUUCUGCGGAUGCCGGGCGGAUGGAAGCGUAGCCUUGUGCGGGACCGGGCUGAGUUCCUCGGCGUUGCGGUGGUGGAUGGGUUUUUGUGGCCGCUAUUCCAUAGCCUGCGCAGAAAUAUCAGGAUUGAUUGGGAGGACCAGGGCUUCGUCGAGUUCAAUGAGGUCAGGUACACCACCCCGUUCAAGGCACGUGAGCCGCGAAAUAUUCCCCCAAUGAAUGCGGGAAAGCAGGAUGGCCCGCUCAUCACCUUGGCGAAGUAA